AUGAGGGCCAACAACUCCUCUCGUGGGUUGAGCAGUCCCUGUUCGACGAACGAUGGAAUCUCGCCCAAUGGAUCCCCCGAUACCAAGCUUACAUCCUUCUCACCCGAGGAUGUACGAUCUAAAGGGCGUCCUGAAACCAGUGUUGCUACCUCCCUCGGCGACGCCGGAUUCCGCAGGCUGUACACAGUGCACCCAGCCGAUCCAUUUCUGGUGCCGCUAAACACAUCUAAUCGCGUGCAGCUGUCCCCAACCGCAGCAAGCUUCACCCCUAUUGGAAUAGCCGGCAGUACUGCCAGUGAUAUCCAACUUCGCGGCCGUUCGAAUAUCGGCUCCUUGAACGCUCAAGCUAAUGUUGAAUUCCGCGGAGCCAGAAACGGACCGGGGGGAGUAUAUGAGCAGGGCCUACCGAAUUAUGGGCCUAUUGGCCGUGCUCCAAUCGCUCAAAAAGGCUGCCCAACUGGCAUUUCCGCCGGACAUUUUGACGACGACAGACGUAGCCGCGCAUUUGUUAUUGAAAAUGUUCCGGCCAGUCUUAACUUCAUGUCUUUGGCUGGCUUCUUCAAUCGUCGCGAGUUUGCAACUCUCAGAGGACCAGUCCUUAAUGAACUCAGCUCCUUGGGCAAAGUGUAUGUUGCAUUUGCAGACAGUCGUGAGGCGAAAAAGGCAAUCGAGAAGGUUCGCCUUCUUCGACCUGAAUGGCGUGUUUUUCCACUUACUGCGAAGGAAUAUGUGCAGCAUUCCGAACCAUCUCUUCUCCAACAGACAUCAGAUUAUGAAGGGCAUUUGCUUGUAUCUGUGUACUACGACAGCCGAAACCCCACUUUCAAUUCGCAUACUGUAGCGCGCUCCCUCCAAGCACUUGCAACGACGUUUGGGGACCUCAAGGCAUUCGAUCUACUUCCCAGGGGACAGGACAAUGUCAGCGAGUUCCACCUCGAGUUUCAUAACACGCGUGAUGCUGAUAAUGCAAUGGUGACACUGAAUGGCACCACAGUUGAUGAUUGUAUUCUGGAGAUUGCUCUGUUCAAGCCCGACGUCACCGAAGACAGGCCAUUCAAUGUUCUGCCGAGCCCAUCUCCAGUGAAGGACGGAGGCUCACGCUAUGGUACUUCAUACCACAGAAGCUCACCCUCUGCCCCAACACGCCCGUUCAGAACGCCUUAUAUGGAGCUUAGCCCCACUGGCCGCUCCACUGUGCCUUCAGGAGAGCACGCCGGUCUUAUGGAUUGGAUGUCCAGGGCAGGAGAGAAAAACUUGCACUCGCCUCGGCGCGAGAUCAGUCGUUAUCCUGAUGCCCGUGUCAUUAGCCAAAAUGCCGUUGAUAUCGAAAGAAUUCGCCUUGGCUUAGAUGUCAGAACAACUAUCAUGCUCCGCAAUAUCCCGAAUAAAAUUGAUCAAACUAUGCUCAAGGCGAUCGUUGACGAGACCAGCCACGGGAAGUAUGACUUCAUGUAUUUGCGUAUUGACUUUGCGAACAACUGCAACGUCGGAUAUGCUUUUAUCAAUUUCGAAGACUUUGUCAAAACGCGAGCCGGGCGUUCCUGGAACUGCUUUAACAGUGACAAAGUCGCGGAAGUUUCGUAUGCUACGAUUCAGGGCAAAGAUUGCCUUAUACAGAAAUUCCGAAAUAGUUCGGUCAUGUUGGAACAUCCAUCGUUCCGUCCAAAGAUUUUCCACACCGGCACUGGGCCUCUUGCUGGCACAGAAGAUCGUUUUCCCGGACCAGACAAUCCUUCGAAAAUGCGUCGCAGCAUCGAAAAUGCUGAACAUAUUGGAUUGUUCGCACCACGUGUCGGACAGCAAUAUAGGGACGAACAACGUCGACGCCGUUCACAAUUCGAUCGUGGGACUACCGCUGCUGAACGAGAGAUCGUAUAUGUCCAGACAGUUGCUUCACAUCCCUUCGGUGUCAAUGAUGGCCUGAGAAGUGCUCCCUGCACUUAUCCUACAUCAACCAUAUGGUACGAUCCGACGAUCUCUGCGCGUGGUCCAAGAACAUCCUAG